AUGUCAUUGUCGGGUCGCAGCAGCAGCAGCAGCAACACCGCCUUCUCCUCCGAUCGCAGCGUCGCCAGCAGCGUCGCCAGCUGCUCCUCCGCGCGCGCCCUCCCCUCUCUCCCCCGACCUGCCGCCUCCGCCGAUUCUGCCGAGCCGGAUACCGCAGUUCUCGACACUGCCGCCCCUGAUACCACACUCGCCGCUGAUACUGUCGUUCCUGAUUCCGCCGCCCCUGGUUCCGCCUCAGCCGCCCCCCCGUGGGACAUCCGCGCGUCCCCCGCCGCGGGUAGCGCGGGCGUGCAGCAGGCGAACGGCGACGUGUUCAUCCCGUGGCCCGCCCACCUGCCGGCACGUCGCUGGCAGCCCACCCUGGCAGCUGUCACGCCCGGCAGAAGCCUCACCGCCUCCGUGCUCGGCCGCGGCCCCACGCCCAACAUCCGCACGCUGUUCAACAUAGAGCGCAAGGCGCUGGGCGAGGGGCAGUACGGCAAGGUGUAUGUGUGCACGGAGAAGGCCACAGGCGUGCGGUAUGCGUGCAAGACCAUCGCACGGAGCACCCUCAUCUCCGUGGAGGACGUGGAGGACGUGCGCAUGGAGGUGAGCGUGCUGUUCCGGCUGCAGGGCCAGCCGAACGUGGUGCGCGUGCACUCAACAUACGAGGACCGGCGGGACAUCCACAUUGUGAUGGAGCUGUGCAGCGGGGGGGAGCUCUUUGACGAGAUCAACCGCCGCUGCGAUGAGAUGACCGUGCCCUACAGUGAGAGGGAUGCGGCGAAGCUAUGCAAGGCGGUGGUGCGUGCGGUGCACUCGUGCCACAGCAGCGGCGUGAUCCACCGCGACCUCAAGCCCGAGAACUUCCUCUUCUCCACCGCUGGCCCCGAUGCCGUGCUCAAAGCCGCUGACUUCGGCAUGGCUGCCUACUUCAAACCCGGAGAGGGCUUCACGCGGGUGUGUGGCAGCUGCAUGUACAUGGCACCUGAGGUGAUCCGCAUCUGGGAGAAUCUGGGCAAGCAGCGCUACGGGCCCCCCGUGGACAUCUGGGCGUGCGGUGUCAUCUUCUACAUCCUGCUCGCCGGCAACUACCCCUUCCUGCCCCCCGGCCCCGAUAGGUCGGAGCGGGCGUUCAGGCGGGUGAUACUGCAGCCGCAGCGGCUGUUCCGCGAGGCGGUGUGGGGGCGCAUAUCAGCGGACGCCAAGAGCCUCAUCAGCGCCAUGCUUCACCCCGACCCUGCCCUGCGCCCCACGGCAAAGCAGGUGCUUGCGGACGCCAAGAGCCUCAUCAGCGCCAUGCUGCACCCCGACCCCGCCCUGCGCCCCACCGCGCAGCAAGUGCUGGAUGCCAUGCUGCACCCCGACCCCGCCCUGCGCCCCUCCGCGCAGCAGGUGCUUGCGGACGCCAAGAGCCUCAUCAGCGCCAUGCUCCACCCCGACCCCAACCUGCGCCCCACCGCGCAGCAGGUGCUUGACGAGCCGUUGGAGAAAGACGUGGUGGACCGCUUCAAGCAGUUCCUCUACGUCAUGCGCCUCAACAAGGUCAAGAAGGUGGCGCUGCGGGUGAGUCAAGCAGGUGGACAGCCACAGUGUGUGUCGCUUCAAGCAGGGUGUGUGUGGACUGGCAGUGAGGGUGAGCCGAUUCAAGCAGUUCCUCUACGUCAUGCGCCUCAACAAGGUCAAGAAGGUGGCGCUGCGGUGAGGGUGAGCCGAUUCAAGCAGUUCCUCUACGUCAUGCGCCUCAACAAGGUCAAGAAGGUGGCGCUGCGGGUGAGUCAAGCAGGUGGACAGCCACAGUGUGUGUCGCUUCAAGCAGGGUGUGUGUGGACUGGCAGUGAGGGUGAGCCGAUUCAAGCAGUUCCUCUACGUCAUGCGCCUCAACAAGGUCAAGAAGGUGGCGCUGCGGUGAGGGUGAGCCGAUUCAAGCAGUUCCUCUACGUCAUGCGCCUCAACAAGGUCAAGAAGGUGGCGCUGCGGGUGAGUCAAGCAGGUGGACAGCCACAGUGUGUGUCGCUUCAAGCAGGGUGUGUGUGGACUGGCAGUGAGGGUGAGCCGAUUCAAGCAGUUCCUCUACGUCAUGCGCCUCAACAAGGUCAAGAAGGUGGCGCUGCGGUGAGGGUGAGCCGAUUCAAGCAGUUCCUCUACGUCAUGCGCCUCAACAAGGUCAAGAAGGUGGCGCUGCGGGUGAGUCAAGCAGGUGGACAGCCACAGUGUGUGUCGCUUCAAGCAGGGUGUGUGUGGACUGGCAGUGAGGGUGAGCCGAUUCAAGCAGUUCCUCUACGUCAUGCGCCUCAACAAGGUCAAGAAGGUGGCGCUGCGGUGAGGGUGAGCCGAUUCAAGCAGUUCCUCUACGUCAUGCGCCUCAACAAGGUCAAGAAGGUGGCGCUGCGGGUGAGUCAAGCAGGUGGACAGCCACAGUGUGUGUCGCUUCAAGCAGGGUGUGUGUGGACUGGCAGUGAGGGUGAGCCGAUUCAAGCAGUUCCUCUACGUCAUGCGCCUCAACAAGGUCAAGAAGGUGGCGCUGCGGUGAGGGUGAGCCGAUUCAAGCAGUUCCUCUACGUCAUGCGCCUCAACAAGGUCAAGAAGGUGGCGCUGCGGGUGAGUCAAGCAGGUGGACAGCCACAGUGUGUGUCGCUUCAAGCAGGGUGUGUGUGGACUGGCAGUGAGGGUGAGCCGAUUCAAGCAGUUCCUCUACGUCAUGCGCCUCAACAAGGUCAAGAAGGUGGCGCUGCGGUGAGGGUGAGCCGAUUCAAGCAGUUCCUCUACGUCAUGCGCCUCAACAAGGUCAAGAAGGUGGCGCUGCGGGUGAGUCAAGCAGGUGGACAGCCACAGUGUGUGUCGCUUCAAGCAGGGUGUGUGUGGACUGGCAGUGAGGGUGAGCCGAUUCAAGCAGUUCCUCUACGUCAUGCGCCUCAACAAGGUCAAGAAGGUGGCGCUGCGGUGAGGGUGAGCCGAUUCAAGCAGUUCCUCUACGUCAUGCGCCUCAACAAGGUCAAGAAGGUGGCGCUGCGGGUGAGUCAAGCAGGUGGACAGCCACAGUGUGUGUCGCUUCAAGCAGGGUGUGUGUGGACUGGCAGUGAGGGUGAGCCGAUUCAAGCAGUUCCUCUACGUCAUGCGCCUCAACAAGGUCAAGAAGGUGGCGCUGCGGUGAGGGUGAGCCGAUUCAAGCAGUUCCUCUACGUCAUGCGCCUCAACAAGGUCAAGAAGGUGGCGCUGCGGGUGAGUCAAGCAGGUGGACAGCCACAGUGUGUGUCGCUUCAAGCAGGGUGUGUGUGGACUGGCAGUGAGGGUGAGCCGAUUCAAGCAGUUCCUCUACGUCAUGCGCCUCAACAAGGUCAAGAAGGUGGCGCUGCGGUGAGGGUGAGCCGAUUCAAGCAGUUCCUCUACGUCAUGCGCCUCAACAAGGUCAAGAAGGUGGCGCUGCGGGUGAGUCAAGCAGGUGGACAGCCACAGUGUGUGUCGCUUCAAGCAGGGUGUGUGUGGACUGGCAGUGAGGGUGAGCCGAUUCAAGCAGUUCCUCUACGUCAUGCGCCUCAACAAGGUCAAGAAGGUGGCGCUGCGGUGAGGGUGAGCCGAUUCAAGCAGUUCCUCUACGUCAUGCGCCUCAACAAGGUCAAGAAGGUGGCGCUGCGGGUGAGUCAAGCAGGUGGACAGCCACAGUGUGUGUCGCUUCAAGCAGGGUGUGUGUGGACUGGCAGUGAGGGUGAGCCGAUUCAAGCAGUUCCUCUACGUCAUGCGCCUCAACAAGGUCAAGAAGGUGGCGCUGCGGUGAGGGUGAGCCGAUUCAAGCAGUUCCUCUACGUCAUGCGCCUCAACAAGGUCAAGAAGGUGGCGCUGCGGGUGAGUCAAGCAGGUGGACAGCCACAGUGUGUGUCGCUUCAAGCAGGGUGUGUGUGGACUGGCAGUGAGGGUGAGCCGAUUCAAGCAGUUCCUCUACGUCAUGCGCCUCAACAAGGUCAAGAAGGUGGCGCUGCGGUGAGGGUGAGCCGAUUCAAGCAGUUCCUCUACGUCAUGCGCAUCAACAAGGUCAAGAAGGUGGCGCUGCGGGUGAGUCAAGCAGGUGGACAGCCACAGUGUGUGUCGCUUCAAGCAGGGUGUGUGUGGACUGGCAGUGAGGGUGAGCCGAUUCAAGCAGUUCCUCUACGUCAUGCGCCUCAACAAGGUCAAGAAGGUGGCGCUGCGGUGAGGGUGAGCCGAUUCAAGCAGUUCCUCUACGUCAUGCGCCUCAACAAGGUCAAGAAGGUGGCGCUGCGGGUGAGUCAAGCAGGUGGACAGCCACAGUGUGUGUCGCUUCAAGCAGGGUGUGUGUGGACUGGCAGUGAGGGUGAGCCGAUUCAAGCAGUUCCUCUACGUCAUGCGCCUCAACAAGGUCAAGAAGGUGGCGCUGCGGUGAGGGUGAGCCGAUUCAAGCAGUUCCUCUACGUCAUGCGCCUCAACAAGGUCAAGAAGGUGGCGCUGCGGGUGAGUCAAGCAGGUGGACAGCCACAGUGUGUGUCGCUUCAAGCAGGGUGUGUGUGGACUGGCAGUGAGGGUGAGCCGAUUCAAGCAGUUCCUCUACGUCAUGCGCCUCAACAAGGUCAAGAAGGUGGCGCUGCGGUGAGGGUGAGCCGAUUCAAGCAGUUCCUCUACGUCAUGCGCCUCAACAAGGUCAAGAAGGUGGCGCUGCGGGUGAGUCAAGCAGGUGGACAGCCACAGUGUGUGUCGCUUCAAGCAGGGUGUGUGUGGACUGGCAGUGAGGGUGAGCCGAUUCAAGCAGUUCCUCUACGUCAUGCGCCUCAACAAGGUCAAGAAGGUGGCGCUGCGGUGAGGGUGAGCCGAUUCAAGCAGUUCCUCUACGUCAUGCGCCUCAACAAGGUCAAGAAGGUGGCGCUGCGGGUGAGUCAAGCAGGUGGACAGCCACAGUGUGUGUCGCUUCAAGCAGGGUGUGUGUGGACUGGCAGUGAGGGUGAGCCGAUUCAAGCAGUUCCUCUACGUCAUGCGCCUCAACAAGGUCAAGAAGGUGGCGCUGCGGUGAGGGUGAGCCGAUUCAAGCAGUUCCUCUACGUCAUGCGCCUCAACAAGGUCAAGAAGGUGGCGCUGCGGGUGAGUCAAGCAGGUGGACAGCCACAGUGUGUGUCGCUUCAAGCAGGGUGUGUGUGGACUGGCAGUGAGGGUGAGCCGAUUCAAGCAGUUCCUCUACGUCAUGCGCCUCAACAAGGUCAAGAAGGUGGCGCUGCGGUGAGGGUGAGCCGAUUCAAGCAGUUCCUCUACGUCAUGCGCCUCAACAAGGUCAAGAAGGUGGCGCUGCGGGUGAGUCAAGCAGGUGGACAGCCACAGUGUGUGUCGCUUCAAGCAGGGUGUGUGUGGACUGGCAGUGAGGGUGAGCCGAUUCAAGCAGUUCCUCUACGUCAUGCGCCUCAACAAGGUCAAGAAGGUGGCGCUGCGGUGAGGGUGAGCCGAUUCAAGCAGUUCCUCUACGUCAUGCGCCUCAACAAGGUCAAGAAGGUGGCGCUGCGGGUGAGUCAAGCAGGUGGACAGCCACAGUGUGUGUCGCUUCAAGCAGGGUGUGUGUGGACUGGCAGUGAGGGUGAGCCGAUUCAAGCAGUUCCUCUACGUCAUGCGCCUCAACAAGGUCAAGAAGGUGGCGCUGCGGUGAGGGUGAGCCGAUUCAAGCAGUUCCUCUACGUCAUGCGCCUCAACAAGGUCAAGAAGGUGGCGCUGCGGGUGAGUCAAGCAGGUGGACAGCCACAGUGUGUGUCGCUUCAAGCAGGGUGUGUGUGGACUGGCAGUGAGGGUGAGCCGAUUCAAGCAGUUCCUCUACGUCAUGCGCCUCAACAAGGUCAAGAAGGUGGCGCUGCGGUGAGGGUGAGCCGAUUCAAGCAGUUCCUCUACGUCAUGCGCCUCAACAAGGUCAAGAAGGUGGCGCUGCGGGUGAGUCAAGCAGGUGGACAGCCACAGUGUGUGUCGCUUCAAGCAGGGUGUGUGUGGACUGGCAGUGAGGGUGAGCCGAUUCAAGCAGUUCCUCUACGUCAUGCGCCUCAACAAGGUCAAGAAGGUGGCGCUGCGGUGAGGGUGAGCCGAUUCAAGCAGUUCCUCUACGUCAUGCGCCUCAACAAGGUCAAGAAGGUGGCGCUGCGGGUCACACCACAGUGGCGACCGGGGAUGCUCAAGGUGGACCGCUUCAAGCAGUUCCUCUACGUCAUGCGCCUCAAGAAGGUGGCGCUGACGCUCCUUCCCCUGGCACUCCUACCCUUUCUGGCAGGCGAGGCAAUGGUGGAGGGCAUGGAGGAGGACGACAUCUGGGUGGUGCAGGGGGAUUUGGCCCGCCUGGACCCUUAUUUCCGUUCCCCUUAUUCACUCCUUGCCACCCCUCCUAACCGCUCACGGCAGGCGAUGGUGGAGGGCAUGAGGGAGGAGGACAUCCGCGUGGUGCAGGGGGACUUGGCGCGCCUGGACCCUGUUGUGACCGGCAAGGCAACCCACACGGGCAAUGCAAUGCGGGCACACGUGGCUGGCGCGUUCCCUGCCUGCCACCCCUCCUCUAACCCCUCACAACAGGCGAUGGUGGAGGGCAUGCGGGAGGAGGACAUCCGCGUGGUGCAGGGGGACCUGGCCCGCCUGGACCCCAACGCCAGCGGGGUGGUGCCCAUCGAGGCGCUGCCCCACGCGCUGCACUCACGGGGCUUCCACGGGCCUGCUGAUGCCGUCGCCAGCAUUAUACAUGAGAUCUGUCUGGACGGCAAGGUGGCGUUUGACUAUGCGGACUUCUUCGUUGCACUCCUCCAGCUGUGCAGCGUGGAGCAGCAGGAGAGCCUGUUCCAGGCGUUCUCUGUGUUCGACCAGGACCUCAGCGGGUACAUCAGCGGGCGGGUGGACUACAACUAUGCCGCUUACCCAUGUGCCUCCAUGGCCCCUCACCUGGCCCCACCAUCCCUUGUCCAACCACCCCUCCCCACCCCUCACCAGGCGGGACGGGUGGACUACAACGAGUUUGUGGCGAUGAUGCGCAUGCAGGCGGGCGGAGUAAGCCGGCGAACCAUCGAGCGCCACAUGGACAACGGCAGCAUCAAGGAGAUGGACGCGGGCGGCGCGUCAGGAGGGCCGUACGAUGGGGACAGCGACGACAUGCGCAGCGAUGCCGCCUUCUCUGCUUCUGAUGCCACCAGUGUUGGGAAUGGGGGCGGGUUCUGA